AUGGCCAACAAAGCUGAAAUUGCGGCGCUUGUUGAAGAAAAGGUGAAGGAACAAAUGAAAGGACUAACCAAACAAAUGUCCUUGCUGAUGGACAUGUUCAAAGCCCAACAGCAGCAACAAUCCAGUUCAAGUUCCCAACUAGAGAUGGUUCCGCCGGUGCGUCAAGGCCUUCGUUCUGAUAAAGCUGUGGAAGUGGACGCCAACGAGACGUUACCCUUCGAGAAUUUUAUCAUGACUGGAACUAAUGCCAUUGCACCUAAUGUGACCACAGCCCCUAUGAUCAAUACUUCCCGGAUUCCCGUGGCUGAACCAUCAAAUGAUGAAAGUGCAAAGCUAUUGGCCAAGCUUGAUCGGAGGCUUCGCGAGGUAGAGGGCUCACACCACCUGCCUCCCAUUGACUUCUCCAUUUAUGCUAAGGUGCAAGUGCCGAAAAAGUUCAAAAUGCCAGAUUUUGAGAAGUAUGAGGGUACCUCCAACCCUAUCCAGCAUAUUCAGAUGUACCAGUCAUUGAUGUAUAAGUACAUAUCCAAUGGCCCCUUCAUGGUCCAAACUUUUCAAGCCAGUCUCAAGGAUGCAGCAAUGAGAUGGUACAUUGACUUUAAAAUUAACCGGAUGGAGAACCGGGAAGAGGCGGCCAAUGCUUUUGUCAAGCAUUUCAGAUUCAACCUGGAUAUUACUGUUUCCAAGGAAGACCUCGAGCAAGCCGAGAUGAAAAAGGGAGAGAAUCUCAAGCGGUAUGCCACUAGAUGGAGGAAUAUCGCAUCUCAACUAAGGCCCGAGCCUCCCGAGUGUGAGCUAAUGAGGCUAUUUGUGUCUACUCUUCCCCAAGCUAUGAGAUCACGAUUGGUAGGAACCGCAGCCCAAUCUUUCAGUCAACUCGUUAUAAUGGGUGAAGAUAUUGAGAUUGCUAUGAAGAAGGGAUGGCUCGGUGAUACUAGUUCAACAAGCAAGCGUCAUCCGGGAAAGAAAGAACUGACAGCUGAGGUGAACAUGGUCUAUGCCCAAAAAGCUGCGGCUCAAAAUCCUGGAAAGCAGGUUGCCGCUCAACAACAAGCCAGCUCUGGUCAACAAAAUCAGCGGACUUAUCAACGUAAGCCUCGGCAAUAUACUCCUCUUCCUGGAACAGUAUCACGGGUUUUUUCUGUAUUACAAAAGAAGGGGUUGUUGACAUCAGAACCACAACGACCCAAUCAUGCAUCCUUCCGCAACUAUGACCCAUCUAAGAAGUGUGACUACCAUAUGGGAGAACCUGGUCAUUCAACCGAUGAGUGUGGGGUGCUCAAAAAUCGAAUCCAAGAUCUGUUAGAUACGGGGGCAUUUGCACUCCGGCCGACCGGACAGCCAAACGUUCAGAGUAAUCCGCUACCCGAUCACGGGGGCAAUUAG